GCAUAUGAUGUAUAUAAAUUCAAUCAAUGAGAGAAAGCUCUCAUUUCGCUUUGGGUAUUCGCCACAUAACAUCAUCAUGUGGGUUCAUUUCGCCCUUUUUCUUCUCGCCGGGACGGCUCUGGCCAAUGCGGCAAUAUGGGAAAAGGGACGUUUGUAUCGCUACCACGUACAAACUCGAGCUAUGACGGGCGCGAAUACGGCAUCUCGACAGUUCUCUGGGCUUCUAACGAAGGGCGACUUGUUACUUUAUAUAGUGGAAGAAGGCACCAUGGUAGUGGAAGUACGCAACAACAAAUAUGCAAGCUUUCACACUGAAAUAGCUUCUUCCUGGGAUGAAGACAUUGAUGAAAAGAAUAGAUUAGAUUACGUCGACAUGCCGUUGUCACAGAAACCCUACAAAGUUAAAUUCAUUAGCGGAAGAAUAUUGGAAAUGUUUGCUAACCCGGGCGUACCUAUGUGGGAAGUGAACAUAGUCAAAGGUAUGUUGAGCCAACUGCAGUACAGUGAGGAUUUAGAACUUAGAAGUCCGCAGGAACUCAUAGUGAUACCUAAGAUGCCUACGAAAAAUGACUACGUAACGUAUACGGUCCGGGAGCAAUCCGUCAGUGGCGAUUGCGAUACUACCUACGACAUAAUACCGUUGACCGAGGAUGUGUCUGAAAAAGUACACCUAGUACCUAUUCCGGAUCUCGAGAACGAUGAAUACAUAGAUGUCAUGAAGAACAAAGACUUCGGUAAUUGCAGUCAGCUGCCGAUGUACCAGUUUGCUGUGACGAGGGGGAAAAGCGAGUUCGACAAAUUUGUUGUGAGAACGGCCAAGACUAAUAUGAUCUUCUCGUAUAAUAAAGAGCAUUAUACCAUUCGGUUGAGCGUAACGAAGAAUAAGAUACAUGUCAGACCCGAGUGUAAGGAUCUCAUGACUACCGACGUCUUGACUAUGUUGAACAUGACUCUGGUUCAAAGGGUUUCUAUCAAACAAUGGCCGGUGAUCCCCACGGAUGUCAAGUCCGUAGGGAACCUAACGUAUAUUUACAGUAACUCGAGUCUGGACGACACAUGGACCGAAUCUGUACUCCGCGAUUUAGAAUUUGAUUCGAAGUCCGGGGAAAGUGACGAACCAGCGAGUGGUACGAGACUUGGCGUCCUGAUAAACAAAACUGACUUGUUAUAUCAAGCUAUUUUGUUGAACCGCAAGAUUGCAGAAGAAAUAAUUACCGAUAAUAUACUGGAGCAAAACACGUUGGAGAAGUUCACGAUCCUGACGGAUGUCCUGCGUCUUCUAAAUGAGACAGAUUUAAAGAAUCUCACGAAUACUCUGUUUCCUUGGGACGUAAGGCAUCAGAAAGAUGAGAUAAGGAUAGUCAAAUGGAAGAUCCUCCAGGAUGCUGUAACGCAGGCUGGGACAGGGCCUGCUUUCUUGACCAUACGCUGGUGGAUCACAUCGAAGAUGGUUACGGACUUCGAAGCGGCGCAGAUCGUUUCUCGACUUCCCAGGACCGUGCGCGCACCCACGAUGAAAUAUAUAGACGCGUUUUAUGAACUUAUCAAGGACCCGAAACUGAAGGACCAGCUGUAUUUGAAUUCCACUGCACCCUUCGCCUUCUCCGAACUAAUCCGCUACGUCAUGGGCGGGUAUUAUAAAGAUCUCUACUUCACGCGUGUGUACGGCAAAUUAAUCACACGUGAAGAUGCAAAAUGGGUGAUCAAUACUUAUAUUCCCUAUCUGUCCAACGAGCUAAAGAAAGCUUACGAGGAGAAGCAUAUCAGCCGAAUACUGACGUAUACUGAAGCUUUGGGUAACCUAGCCCACCCGAAUGUUAUCCUAGUGCUCAAGCCAUAUUUAGAGGGGAAAUAUAACGUAACCACAUUCCAACGAAUGAGAAUGAUCAUGUCGUUAACGACGCUGAGUCAAGUGCAGCCGAACCUCAUCCGACCGAUUGUCUACAGGAUAUUCCAAAACCAGGAGGAGAAUUCCAGAAUACGAGUUGUGGCGGUCGGGAUGUUGCUGAACAGCUACCCAUCUCUGCGCAUAUUGCAGCGUUUGGCGGACAGGACCAAUUACGAGACAUGUCCGUAUGUGAACAGCGCUAUUAAAACCGGCUUAAGGAGUCUCGCUAAUUCACGGCUGCCUCAGUACCGUGAGGUCGCUAAGAACGCGCGUAUCGUAUGGAAGCUGCUGAAUCGGCAUAUUCGAGUCGUUGUCGGACAGGCUUUGAACCACGGUCACGAUUAUACGUCUACGGGGAAGGACUUCUCCACUUGGUUUAACUUGAAUACUCUCGAUGGCAGUAGGUCGAUCAUUCCCGAUUUUCUUAACUUACAAGUGGGACUUAACUCUUCCUCCUUAUCGCCGCCCGAUUUGGAAUUUGGGUACGGCGUAACGGAUUUGACGACGUUAAUGGACACGUUGAAAGAGAUGUUUCUACCAAAUGAUGAGCCCGCAAAGCCAACGACGGUUGACGAAGUAGUUAGCAAUCUCGAUAUCAGAGUCAAUAAAAGUUUGCUAGAGGGAUUAAUCGUCAGCAGAAACCCAUAUGGAGUGUAUCUCCUUCCCUUCGACAAUUACACAGUGCAAAACUUAAUGAACGAGACUUUAAAACUUUACGGAAGACAUCGGGUCGACGAACGUCCGUACUUUCACCUGAACUCAUUAGUAAACUGGGAAGUAUCAUUGUUUUAUCCCAACGAAAUGGGUGUGCCCGUAAGUUAUCACCUGAAGACUCCCGCAUUGGUUUCUCUCAAGAAUGAUGUGCAUAUAAAAGGGGAGACGAAGCCGGUGAAUAUGAAAGUAAGCGCCGAUUUAAAUGUACUGUUGAGCGGAAAAGUCAUAAGCAGAAUCGGCUUUACGGCACCUUUCGAAAAGCAAUAUUACAUUUCCGGUAUUGAUUUUAAUACCCAACUACAUGGGUCAGGAAAUAUCACUGUGAACAUGGAUUGGACCGAGAAAACCUUAAACUUAGAUUACAAACCACUGCCAGGUUUAACGCGUAAUACGGUGCUUCACCACAGCAUCAUUCCAUUUACUGGGAAAACCGAGACCUGCUCUUUUGAACCUAUAUAUGUCGACAAAAACACGCAAAAAGUACAGAUCGGGAAACUCCAGUCACAAGUAACAAAGUUGGGAAAGAUUACCAUCACACAUGUGACCGAUAAUUUCUAUGCUUACAACUACGAGACAUUAGUAAAUGGCAACUUGUACCAACGAUUAAUGAGUUACAUAGCUACCACGAAUUACAAUUACAAAAAGAUAGAUGUGACGGUGGACUCGCUGGAAGACUACAAAUUAUCCGCUUUCCUCAGUUAUAACAGGACAAAUUCGCCCGACAGUUCACAAGAAAGGCCUGAGUUGUUGAACACGCUAACGAGAGAAAUGAGCUAUACAUUUAAAAAGGAGGACAACGUUCCGGCCGUUGUGCAUAAGGUCGAAGUUCAUGCUAAACUGGGGGACAAGAAGGUUCAAUACAAAUGCGAAGGAGGCGUAAUGGAAUUGGAGCCGCUCCUGUACGGCAAAUUGUAUGGUCGAUGCCAUCUUCGUGGUUCGGAUGUGUCGGCGAUUUGCGCCAUAGGAGAGCUAUAUGGCACUCCGUCUGCUUGUCCAACGUUGAAUGUAACGUCCCUGAAAGAGGAUGGAGUGGAUUUAUUAGUACGCUACGGGGAAUCUUGCAGUGACGGGAAGGAUGUUCGUUUGGAAGGGCGUACAGUACAAAGUUUGGAAGUGAUGGAAAAAUUAGCGAAAUCCGAGAAAUACCGGAAGGCCAAGGAAGAGAUGGCAGAAGGCAACUUGGGUUUGACGAACACCCGGGAAGUCUGUGAGUCCAUCGACACGAGGGAUGAUAUAUCAUUGACGGCGAAAAUGGAUCCGGUAGAAUUCGAAAAUAUAUACAACCAGCUUAUUCGACUGCUCGGUAACGUUUUGCUUCCUGGCUGGAAAAUAGGCGUAACUGAGCCGAUAAACGAAUAUUCUUUGAAGACGAGCGAUAUCGGUCUGAAAAUAAAGAAGUUGCCUAAAGAUAUGCUGAACCUCACCGUAUCUACUCCGAAGCUUAUCAUUAACACCAUCUUGGACAAUUCCGAUUUGCCUUCUUUAGAGUUGGUGAAGAAACAAUGCACACUCGGUAGAAAUAAGGUUUUAACUUUCGACGGAUUGGAAUACCCCGUCAAAUUGAGAGGAAUUCCAUAUGUGCUGAUGAUCAGCCCUAGCCUGAAGAAUUACAGUCUGAGCACCAGUCUGAAUUACGAUAUUAUCACCAAAAUUGAGGCUAUGCCGGAGGACACGAACGUAGCUAUUUUGGCUAAAGAAUUGGAAAACGGCCAUAGGCAAUUAAUUAUACUGAAUCGCGAGAAGAUCUUAAUAUUCCAGUUAGCUAGUGUCGGCAGGAAUACAGUAAUUAUGCUAAAUGGAAAGGUUAUUAAAUUCCAAGGAAAUCAUGCCGUCUUGCAGAAUGACAAAAACUCAGUCAUACUAAUUACAAAACUAACGUAUGAGUUAUAUCGAAUUUCUAUGAAGAUAGCUGGAGUCUAUAUUAAUUACGACGGGAGGCGCGUGCAAAUUGAGGCGUCUAAUAUGUAUAACGGACUCGUGCGCGGCUUGUGCGGUAACAAGGACGAUCAUAAGAAGAAUGACUUGCUUACACCGGCAGGAUGCGUUGUGAAGGAAUCCAAAUAUCUCGUCGUCUUGUAUGCCUACGACAAAGAUAACGAGGACGAAGUCGUUAGGCGAGAGAAAGAAGAAGCCAAGCGGGCUAAGUGCGUUAAGUUGGAGAGUUCUCCAGGCGAAGUUGUCACCGGCAAGGUUAAACAAACACACGGCGACCCUUGGUAUAACUUACUAUACGGCGGCCCUGGGUACAACUUACUUACUUUGUGUUCUUUACUGAGAACUGACGUCUUGACGAGGAAAGAAGAUAUCUGCUUCUCCGUUAAACCUCUUCUAAAAUGUUUGCCUGGCUGCAAGUUCGAUCGCAUGGUCACAAAACAAUUGGGAUACCAUUGUAUGCCGAUGAGCGACCAGGCCGUUGAGUUAAAGAAAAGAGUAGUGGCAGGGGCCAAUCCAGACUUCAGUCACAAAUCCAUUUCAUAUUAUAGAGACGUAAAUGUCCCGAAUGUCUGCCACACGACAUAGUACGAUGACGUCAGGAAACGCAAAGGCACAUGGGUUAAUCGAACAGAUUCUACUUUUUAUCUUCCUUUUUUAUGAAACUAGAAACAUGUUACCUUAGUGAUGCACAAUAACUUAAAGCAAUAAAGUUGAGCGUUCUCAACGUGA